ACGCAGCUAUAUGCGCAUGCAAAUAAUUCGCCGGCCCACUGGCCAGAUAUAUGAAAUUAAGGUGUGUGCUUCACUGUACUAUAUUCUAUGUAUUAUGCUAGCGCGAAGGCAAAUUACAGCGUAGUCGUCUGUAACAUAGCGCGGGAAAAUGCAGCGCGGCGGAACAACGAUGUCGAGUGACGUGUCUCCCGCUGAUGUGCUGGAAGUCGUCAGCGUCGUGGGCAAGGCGGUGUGCGCAGGCGCGGCACUGACAGCCGCUCUCUACUUGAUCCGCAGAGUGUGUUUAAUGAUGGCCUGGAAAUCGGGAGGAGCUAGCCACGCCGAGCUCGUCAACAACCUCCGCAAAAAUGGCAUCAUCAAGUCGGACAAAGUUUACGAGGUCAUGCUUGGCACAGACCGCGCGCACUUCUCCAGAUGCAACCCAUACAUGGACUCCCCCCAGUCAAUAGGUUAUCAAGCCACUAUCAGUGCGCCGCACAUGCACGCUUAUGCCUUGGAGCUUCUCCACGACCAGCUGCAUGAGGGGGCGAAAGCGCUGGACGUGGGAUCGGGGAGUGGGAUCCUCUCCGUCUGCUUCGCCCGCAUGGUGGGGCCCAAAGGGAAGGUGAUAGGAAUCGAUCACAUCAAGGAGCUGGUGGAGGAUUCGAUAAAGAACGUGAAGAAAGACGACCCCAGCCUGAUCACGUCGGGCAGGGUGAAGCUGAUCGUGGGCGAUGGGCGGCUCGGCCAUCCGGAGGAGGCGCCUUACGAUGCCAUUCACGUGGGGGCAGCUGCGCCCAGCGUCCCGCAAGCACUCCUGGAACAGCUAAAGCCCGGAGGGAGGCUGAUCCUGCCUGUGGGUCCGGCCGGCGGAAACCAGAUGCUGGAGCAGUAUGACAAGAUGGAAGAUGGCAGCACCAAAAUGAAGCCUCUGAUGGGUGUGAUAUACGUGCCUUUAACAGACAAAGAGAAGCAGUGGUCCAGGUGGAAGUGACUUCCUCCUCCCUCUAUCCCCUCCUUCACAGGGUGGCAAAGGGAUGAGCUCUGAAGCGGCGGCCUGUCACUAUCGCGCAUUUCCCUGCGAACCCGGAGGGGGAUGUUCCCAGCUUCCCCGCAGCCAUCGGAUUUCAAACGAAAACAUCAGUAACAACGCUUCCCAGUUUGCUUCCCGAGGGGAACUUUGUUUCUGUUCGUGUACGAUGCCAUGGAUUAACCCUGUGUUCAGGGAAAUAGGAUGGUAAUUAUUUAACUUAGAAGGCCUGGAGGUUGUGUUUUUUUUUUUUUUCUUUCCUUUCCUUCUCCCACUUUUUAUUUUUUUUUUUUUUGUGACAUUUUUAUUUAUUUUGUCCCCCAGUUAAAUUGGAUGCAGGGUACAGGGUUUCUGGUUAGAUCAAUAAAUAAUUCAAAGUACUGGAUCUGCCUUUCUCUUUUUCCCUCCACUGGGAGGACUGGGAUCCGCUUUUUUUUGGCGAUCUGGCCUGAUGGGCCUCGCCACCCCGUACAUCUCUGUAUGUAAACAUUGGUAUUGCUAUGUGCAUUAACUGAAACAUUUAGUUUCCUUUUUCGUUUUUUUUUUUUUUCGUUUUUUGUAGCUAACAGUAUUUACGUGGAGCAGCUCACAGACAACACAGCCAACAGCUAUAAGCCGUAGCUCGUCUUGCAGAUGUACCACAUGUUGACAAGUUUGUUCAAGUGACAUUGCAGAUAUACCCCCCCACACACACACACAGCCUACUGUACAGCUGGAUAUGCAGGCACAAUGCAACCCCCCCCCCUCGCUUUCUGUCCUCGGUGUAAGGGGCGGGACAUCACAAACAUGGCUGCACUCUCUCUUCCUCGACACUGAAUGGCCCGUUGCCUCUGGUUUCCAUGACAACAUUACUCACAGGCUUUCCUCUCUGCCGGCUGACACUACGCGAGGUUUCGCUUUGCCAAAAUAAACACAAAUGCAAAGUGAG